AUGAAGAGGACCACGAACGACCAACAAGGUUCUUUCCAAACCGACUACUUCCUUACCCAACUUUCGAAUUUCACCGAAGCGAAAUUCUCACUUUUCGAGCAUGCGCCAGCUAAUGAGAGGAGGGAUCGAUUCAGAAAUCACAUCGAGAGAGAUGAAAUGCCUUUGACAUUCUGCAAGAUGGGAAUCAACAUUCCGGUCAAGUUAGAAUGGUGUCAAACGAUUGGAAAUGAGAUCAACUUUCGAUCCCGCCCAUUUUUAUUCAACGGAAUUUGGGUGAAAGUGUUUGGAACGAUGAAUUCCGAAUCAUUGGAUGGACGCGUCCGAUUUGAAAGAUUUCAACGUGAGAAGAGUGUGCAUCAUCGUGUGCUAACAGAAACGAAAGUCAAGUUUCCAGAAGUGGAAGAGGAACCCAUCGGACUCACCGAUGCCGAAAUCGCAGCACUUCGGAGGGAUGGAUUGAAUAUUUGA